UUCCAUAAAUCACCGCAGCCGCGGCAGCGGCGGAGCCGGGAAGUGUACGGAGCUGGAGCGCAGCGUGGUGGCACCAGACACCUCCCUUUCCCCAGCCGCUUUCUUUCCUUUCUCUUCUCUCACUUGGAUCUUUUAAACCUCCCUCUCCCUCCUCGCCGGGAGACCGCGCCAGCCGCGCCGCCGCGCCAGCACUGGCAGUGCGGUCGCCGUCUCCGGGCUGCGCCGGGACUCCGGGAAGCGAAGGCGGCGGGGCUCCGCCCGGGCUCCCAGCCGCCCCGGCCUUCGGGCGCCACGGUCUCGGAGCCGCCGUCGCCGAGCGAUGGUGACCGCCCGCGCGCCCGCGCUGCAGCCGGGCGCCCCCUAAGUUUGCCAGCCACCGCCGCCGAGCCGCGAAGCCGGGAGCGCAGGAGACAGGAAAGUUUGGCGGGCUGCGCCUCCCGGGGCCAGCGCCCGGAGCCGGUCGGCGGGGAGUGGCCGGAGGCGGCAUGGCCCGCGAGCCCAAGGAAGAGAGGACCGUGAGGCCGACCCCUCUGGUCCGCCGCUGUCCCCGCUGCCCUGGCUGGCCUGGGGCCUCGCGGCCGCCCCUCUGGCUACUCUGCUUAGUGGCUUGCUGGAUCCUGGGCGCCGUGGCGGACGCCGAGGUCUCCAUCCUGGACGAAGCACAAGUGUUGGCGAGCCAGAUGCGGAGGCUGGCGGCCGAGGAGCUGGGGGUAGUCACCAUGCAGCGGAUCUUCAACUCCUUGGUUUACACAGAGAAAAUCUCAAACGGGGAGAGCGAAGUUCAGCAGCUAGCCAAAAAAAUCCGUGAGAAGUUCAACCGUUACCUGGACGUGGUCAAUCGGAACAAGCAAGUUGUAGAAGCAUCGUACACAGCUCACCUGACAUCCCCACUGACCGCCAUCCAGGACUGCUGCACAAUCCCGCCUUCCAUGAUGGAGUUUGAUGGGAACUUCAAUACCAAUGUAUCCAGAACAGUGAGUUGUGAUCGACUUUCUACUACCGUGAACAGCCGAGCCUUCAACCCGGGGCGAGACUUAAAUUCAGUUCUUGCAGACAACCUGAAAUCCAACCCUGGGAUCAAGUGGCAGUAUUUCAGCUCAGAAGAAGGAAUUUUCACUGUCUUCCCAGCACACAAGUUCCGGUGUAAGGGCAGCUAUGAGCAUCGCAGUCGGCCCAUCUAUGUCUCUACUGUUCGGCCACAGUCCAAGCACAUAGUGGUGAUCUUGGACCACGGGGCCUCAGUCACUGAUACCCAGCUCCAGAUUGCCAAGGAUGCUGCACAGGUCAUCCUCCGCGCCAUUGAUGAACAUGAUAAGAUUUCUGUGUUGACUGUGGCAGACACCGUCAGGACCUGCUCGCUGGACCAGUGCUAUAAGACUUACCUGUCCCCAGCCACCAGUGAGACGAAAAGGAAAAUGUCCACAUUUGUUAGCAGUGUCAAGCCCUCUGACAGCCCCACCCAGCAUGCAGUGGGGUUUCACAGGGCAUUCCAAUUGAUUCGAAGCACCAGCAAUAACACCCGGUUCCAAGCAAAUACCGACAUGGUUAUUAUUUACCUGUCAGCGGGCAUCACAUCAAAGGACUCCUCAGAAGAAGAUAAAAAGGCAACCCUCCGCGUCAUCAAUGAGGAAAAUGGUUUUCUGAACAACUCUGUAAUGAUCCUUACCUAUGCCCUCAUGAACGAUGGGGUGACUGGUUUGAAGGAGUUGGCGUUCCUUCGGGACCUGGCUGAACAGAACUCUGGGAAGUAUGGAAUCCCAGACCGGACAGCCUUGCCGGUGAUUAAGGGCAGCAUGAUGGUGCUGAACCAGCUGAGCAACCUGGAGACCACAGUUGGCAGGUUCUACACUAACCUUCCUAACCGGAUGAUCGAUGAGGCUGUCUUCAGCCUCCCCUUCUCUGAUGAGAUGGGGGAUGGUCUGAUAAUGACUGUGAGCAAACCCUGUUACUUUGGAAAUCUCCUCCUGGGGAUCGUAGGUGUGGACGUCAACCUCGCUUACAUUCUUGAAGAUGUGACCUAUUACCAAGAUUCUUUGGCUUCCUAUACUUUUCUCAUAGAUGACAAAGGGUAUACACUUAUGCAUCCAUCUCUUACCAGGCCAUAUUUACUGUCAGAACCUCCCCUUCAUACUGACAUCAUACAUUACGAAAAUAUCCCCAAGUUUGAAUUGGUUCGGCAAAAUAUCCUAAGCCUCCCUCUAGGCAGCCGGAUUAUCACAGUCCCUGUGAACUCAUCUCUGUCUUGGCACAUAAACAAGCUGAGGGAGACUGGAAAGGAGGCCUACAACGUAAGCUAUGCCUGGAAGAUGGUGCAGGACACUUCCUUCAUUUUGUGUAUUGUGGUGAUUCAGCCGGAAAUACCUGUCAAACAAUUGAAAAACCUCAACACUGUGCCCAGCAGCAAGUUGCUAUAUCACCGGCUAGAUCUCCUGGGCCAACCUAGCGCUUGCCUCCACUUCAAGCAGCUGGCGACUCUAGAAAGUCCAACCGUCAUGCUGUCUGCCGGCAGCUUUUCCUCCCCCUACGAGCACCUCAGCCAGCCAGAGACCAAGCGCAUGGUGGAGCAUUACACGGCCUAUCUCAGUGAUAACACUCGCCUCAUUGCUAACCCGGGACUCAAAUUCUCUGUCAGAAAUGAAGUCAUGGCGACCAGCCACGUCACAGAUGAAUGGAUGACACAGAUGGAAAUGAGCAGCCUGAACACAUACAUUGUCCGCCGUUACAUAGCAACGCCCAAUGGCGUCCUCAGAAUUUAUCCUGGUUCCCUCAUGGACAAAGCAUUUGAUCCCACUAGGAGACAGUGGUAUCUUCAUGCAGUAGCUAAUCCAGGGCUGAUUUCUUUGACUGGUCCUUACCUAGAUGUUGGAGGAGCUGGCUAUGUCGUGACGAUCAGCCACACAAUUCAUUCAUCCAGUACACAGCUGUCUUCCGGACACACGGUGGCUGUGAUGGGCAUUGACUUCACACUGAGGUACUUCUACAAAGUUUUGAUGGAUCUCUUACCAGUUUGUAACCAAGAUGGUGGCAACAAAAUAAGGUGCUUCAUAAUGGAGGACAGGGGUUAUCUGGUGGCUCACCCAACUCUCGUUGACCCCAAAGGUCAUGCACCUCUGGAGCAGCAACACAUCACCCACAAGGAACCCCUGGUGGCAAACGAUAUCCUGAACCACCCAAACUUUGUGAAGAAAAACCUAUGCAACAGCUUCAGUGACCGGACAGUGCAGAGAUCUUACAAAUUCAAUACUAGCCUGGUGGGGGAUUUGACAAACCUUGUGCAUGGCAGCCACUGUUCAAAGUACCGUUUGACGAGGAUCCCAGGGACCAAUGCAUUUGUCGGCAUUGUCAACGAGACCUGCGACUCCCUCGCCUUCUGCGCUUGCAGCAUGGUGGACCGUCUGUGUCUCAACUGUCACCGAAUGGAACAAAAUGAAUGUGAAUGCCCUUGUGAGUGCCCCCUGGAGGUCAAUGAGUGCACUGGCAACCUCACCAAUGCCGAGAACAGAAAUCCGAGCUGUGAGGUACACCAGGAGCCGGUGACGUACACGGCUAUCGACCCCGGCCUGCAGGAUACCCUGCACCAGUGUGUCAACAGCAGGUGCAACCAGAGGCUGGAAAGCGGGGACUGUUUCGGUGUGCUGGACUGCGAAUGGUGCGUGGUGGACAGUGACGGAAAGACUCACCUGGACAAGUCCUACUGUGCGCCUCAGAAAGAAUGCUUCGGGGGGAUCGUGGGAGCCAAAAGUCCCUAUGUGGAUGACAUGGGGGCCAUCGGUGAUGAGGUGAUCACACUAAACAUGAUUAAGAGUGCCCCCGUGGGCCCCGUGGCCGGAGGGAUCAUGGGCUGUAUCAUGGUGCUGGUCCUUGCCGUGUAUGCUUACCGCCACCAGAUUCAUCGCCGCAGCCACCAGCAUAUGUCUCCCCUCGCUGCUCAAGAAAUGUCAGUGCGUAUGUCCAACCUGGAGAAUGACAGAGAUGAAAGAGAUGAUGACAGCCACGAAGACAGAGGCAUCAUCAGCAAUACUCGGUUCAUAGCUGCGGUCAUGGAGCGACAUGCACACAGUCCGGAAAGGAGGCGACGAUACUGGGGCCGCUCGGGAACCGAAAGUGACCAUGGGUAUAGCACCAUGAGUCCGCAGGAAGACAGUGAAAACCCCCCGUGCAACAACGACCCUCUGUCAGCUGGGGUGGAUGUAGGCAACCAUGAUGAGGACUUGGACCUGGACACCCCACCCCAGACCGCAGCCCUCCUGAGUCACAAGUUCUACCACUACCGCUCACACCACCCGACCCUCCAUCACAGCCACCACCUUCAGGCAGCCGUGACAGUACACACUGUGGAUGCCGAAUGCUAACAGUCGCCUCACCACCCCAAGCAGAGGGGCCCUGGGCGAUGCUCCUGAGAAGAAACGAGCCUAUGUAAAACCCUUUCGCACGAGACACCUGUGUCUGCGCUUUGUCCAGCGAGGUUGGACUUGUUUGCUGCCUGCCGCUGUGUUUGAAAACUGAAGCCACGAAGUCCUGUUUGUGAGGAGCUAAAACUGGUUCUGAAAUGGAAGUUGGGGGCGGGGCCGGGGCGCUGAUGAACUGACCUGCCAUAAUGGAAAGGAACAGUGGGCAGACCUCCAACAGAGACGCUUGUAAAAGAAACUGAGCCAGGGGAAUGUUCCCAGCACCAGAAACACUCGACCCCUUAACUGGAAGAGAGCUGAAGCAGAUGCCAGGAACGGGGCACGCCAGAUGCCACCAGCCGCUGGACGAACACACUUGCUUCCUAAGCGGUGCCUGGACACCACCGUAGCUGUACGGAACUGAACUCACCUUGAGCUCUGAAUGACACAUCUCAGAAUUUCUAAGUAAAGGAUUAUUUUUCUACUAUUUAUUGAACUUUCAAACUUUGGGGGAGGGGAAAGGAAACGAGGGAUUCUCGGCCGUAACCCUGGCUGUUGUGUGUGAGACGUGGUUCUUUGAUUAAGGAGUUGUGUUUCUUAUUUAACUGGUGACCUUCCUACCACCCUCAUCCACAAAAAAACAAAAAGAAAAGAGAAAAAGAAAAAAAAAAGGGAAAUGAAGAAAUCUCUGUUUGUGUUACUACUCAGAAACACGUCAUCUGGGAUAGUGUCCUCUUUCUGGAGGGGCGGUAAUCCAAGGUGUUUUCAAAGAGAUGUCAUUCCUUUGGAGUUCAUUUCCACCUUCCAUGUAACGUUUUCCUUAGGUUUCUACGAAAUCUAGUAUUAUAGCCCUAGCCUUUCAGUUUAGGGGAGGCUUGGACUUACUCUCUUUGUUUUAAAGACUAUAAAUUUUAAAAUGUCUCAUUUUUGACUCUGAGGAUAGUAAAAGGAGGGCAUUUUAAAAUUGUGAAAUUGUGGUUCUUAAAUGAUUUCUUUUGAAAUCACAGCUCCAAGCUGCUAGCAUUUCUUCCACCAAACUGUGUUUGACUUCCACAGGGAUUCAUCAAAUGGCUACUUUGACGUGGGGCAUUGUGAUUUUAAAGUAGUGUUCUAAUUACAGUGGUGUAUUUUAGAUUCACAUUUUGUGAUUCGGAUAUGUUAUGAAGACAUUCUUUGCACCGUGUGUGUGGUCAAUCUCCGUUUAUAUGUAGUUGGAAAAUUUCACUGAAUAAUGUUUUAAUGAUAGGGUAUCAUGAUAUACUGUUAAAAAAAACAAUAAAAUAAAAUGAAAUAAAAAUUGGGACCUCAGCACUACAGAAAGUAAACUAUAUAUGUGCUACCCAGGAACCCUCCAUGCUGUGUAUAAGAUUGCAGUCUAGUGAAAUAAACUGUAUGCAAUGAA